GAACGCUAUUACUCUCCCAAGAAUGGUGUCAGUUUGAAAGUGAUGGUAGAACACACGCAUGGCUGUGAUUGUGUCUCUCGCCAGGAAAUUCUAUAGCCCUUCUUAUUUAACCUCUCUCUAUUCCGUUCCCACCAAAAUCCGACCGUUGGACCCAGCAACGGUAACAUCAUUUGAAUUUCCCGCGUCUGUUUCCAGCCAAGCCUUCGAUCCCCACUCCUUCUACGCGUCUCUCAUCGAUAAUUCGACGCACAAGAACCAUUUGAAUCAAAUCCAUGGGCAGUUACUGGUCUCUGGAUCGCAGGAUGAUAGGUUAUUGAUAACUAAAUUAAUUAAUGCGGGCGUGGCUUUUGGAGAAAUUCGUUAUGCGCGUAACAUAUUCGAUGAAUUUCGUGAGCCGGAUGUGUUUUUGUGGAAUGCGAUCAUUAGGGGUUAUUCGAGGCACAAUAUGUUUGGUGAUGCGAUUGAACUGUAUUUGAGGAUGCAAGUGGCAGGGGUGACUCCGGAUCGCUUUACUUUUCCGUCAGUGCUCAAAGCUUGCUGUGGCUUGCCGGCCCUUAGAAUGGGUUGCCGGGUUCAUGGGCAGAUAUUUAGACAUGGGUUUGAAUCGGAUGUAUUUGUGCAGAAUGCGCUUGUUGCAUUGUAUGCAAAGUGCGGUCAGAUUGGGCCGGCUAGGGUUGUGUUUGAUGUAUUAUGCGAUAGAACGGUUGUCUCGUGGACUUCCAUCAUUUCUGGGUAUACCCAGAAUGGUGAGCCGAUGGAAGCGUUGAGAAUAUUCAGUCAAAUGAGACAGAGCAAUCUGAAACCAGAUUGGAUAGCUCUUGUGAGUGUUCUAAAGGCUUAUACUGAUGUUGACGAUUUAAUACAAGGGAAAUCUGUGCAUGGUUGUGUCAUUAAGAUGGGUCUUGAAGAUGAACCAGACUUGCUAAUUUCACUCACUGCCAUGUAUGCAAAAUGUGGGCAGGUGACAGUUGCGAGAUCGUUUUUUCAUCGGAUGGAGAUACCGAGUUUGAGUCUGUGGAAUGCCAUGAUUUCAGGUUAUGCAAAGAAUGGUUAUGCCGAGGAAGCGGUAGGGCUAUUCCAUGAGAUGAUCUCUAAGAAGAUAAGGAUAGAUUCUAUAACUAUGACAUCUGCCAUCUUAGCUUGUGCCCAAGUGGGGUCCCUUGAAUUAGCCAGAUGGAUGGAUGAUUAUAUCAUGAGGAGUGAGUAUAGAAAUGAUGUUUUUGUCAACACAGCCCUUAUUGAUAUGUAUGCAAAAUGUGGAAGCGUAGAUUUGGCUCGUAUCGUUUUUGAUAGGACACUUGAUAAGGAUGUGGUGGUGUGGAGUGCCAUGAUUAUGGGAUAUGGAUUGCAUGGUCGGGGCCGAGAAGCCAUUGAUCUUUACUACGCAAUGAAGCAACAUGGGGUAUGCCCCAAUGAUGUCACCUUUGUUGGUCUCCUCACAGCGUGCAAUCAUUCAGGCCUUUUAGAAGAGGGAUGGGAACUUUUCCACUGCAUGAGAGAUUAUGGCAUUGAGCCUCGCCACCAGCAUUAUGCUUGUGUGGUUGAUCUUCUUGGACGUUCAGGCCAUUUGGAACAAGCUUAUGAUUUUAUCAUGAAAAUGCCAAUGGAACCAGGUGUAAGUGUAUGGGGAGCACUUCUGAGUGCAUGUAAGAUCUAUCGCCAUGUGGCAUUAGGAGAAUAUGCAGCAGAGCAGCUUUUCACAUUAGACCCUUAUAAUACAGGGCAUUAUGUGCAGCUUUCAAAUCUCUAUGCUUCAGCCCGUUUGUGGCAUUGUGUUGGAAAGGUUCGUGUGUUGAUGAAGGAGAAAGGGUUGAGUAAGGACCUUGGGUAUAGUUUGAUUGAGAUCAAUGGUAAGCUUCAGGCAUUUCUUGUGGGAGACAAGUCACAUCCAAGGCAUAAGGAAAUUUCUGAGGAGCUUGAGAGACUGGAGAAAAAGUUGAAGGAGGCAGGAUUUGUCCCACAUGCAGAAUCUGUACUUCAUGAUUUGAAUUAUGAAGAGACAGAGGAGACUCUCUGUAAUCAUAGCGAAAGGAUAGCAAUUGCCUUUGGGCUCAUUAGCACUCCUCCUGGAACUACCCUUAGAAUAACAAAGAAUCUUCGGGCAUGUGUAAAUUGUCAUUCAGCGACCAAAUUUAUUUCGAAGCUUGUUAACAGAGAGAUAGUUGUUCGGGAUGUCACUCGUUUCCAUCAUUUCAAAGAUGGAUUCUGUUCCUGUGGAGAUUAUUGGUGAGAGGGAAGGCCAGCACUUCAUGUUACAGUUUCUUUGGUUCAGUUCAGCUUCAUGCAGAUCAAGGAAGCAAACAAAUAUUCCACCACCUACACCUCAAUUUGGUAUGGAGUUGAAUGUAGCAUUUUGGUGCAUAAUCAUUUUGAGGGUAGACUUUACAGUUCUAGCAUAUAUGAAAGGCGCUAAUCCCUUAAAGAAAAC